AUGAUGCGCUUCACCCUGGGCAUUCCGGGUUUUGAUGAUGCCCAGAUACCCAGGAUCAUAGGGCUGGCAGGGGGCAGCCUCCUCAUCGCCAAUCAUGUGCUCGGAUCCCAGCCCACUCCCCUGGCCCAGACUUUGGCCGAGGUCUUGGGCCUGGCGCUGGCGAGCCUCGCCUUCGCCAUCCCAAACUUGGAUGCCUGGGUCAAUGGGGGGAAGCAGGCUGCUAGUGCGACCAUCACAGGUGCUCGCAACGUCUUCAGCUUGGCAGAGGAUCUCAGCGAGGAUGCCAAAGUGGUGCGUGCCCGGUGA